AUGGUGAAAAGGAAAAAGGCCAAGUGGGGAUGCAAGGCAACGGAACGGUGGUGGGUGGACUGUGGUAUCAACCCGCCCCCAGGCACUAAUCGAUACGUCGCCGGUAAUAUCAUCACCAUCCUAGGGGAACCAUAUGUUAUUUGCUUGGAAUGUCGCAAAUUCAGAGUGGGCGCCUCAGAAAACGGGAAACCGUUAUGUGUAUGCCAAGUCUGUCGGCGAUUUACGAGAGCAAUCGAGGAGCGUGCUGAAGCUGACAGAGCGGGGCAUGAAAGGGCCCGGCUGCGAGCUGAACAGGCUGAACGAAGAGCCAGAAGACGUGAGGUGUGGGGCUCAGCUUCCGACAGCGAUGAGAUAUUUCCGCCGAGUCCUACAUCUAGUGAAGAGUAUAUGGCGAUGAUCCAGGCCGAAGCUGCUAUGUACAUGAACAGCCCUGGGCCCGGGUCUGAUUGA